AUGUUGGUAUCUAAGAAAAUGGUCAGAGGAAAUUCCACCUUGGUGACAGAAUUCAUUCUCUUGGGAUUGACGGAUGGCCCAGAGCUUCAGUCCAUCCUCUUUGUGCUAUUCUUGGCGAUCUACCUGAUCACUGUUGGGGGUAACCUUGGGAUGGUGGUGUUGAUCAAAGUGGACUCCCACCUACACACUCCCAUGUACUACUUUCUCGCCAGUUUGUCCUGCUUGGACUUGUGCUAUUCCACUAAUGUGACUCCCAAGAUGUUGGUGAACUUUUUAUCAGAGAAGAAAACCAUUUCCUAUGCUGCCUGCUUAGUGCAGUGCUAUUUUUUCAUUGCCAUGGUGAUUACUGAAUAUUAUAUGCUAGCUGUGAUGGCCUACGACAGGUACAUGGCCAUCUGUAACCCUUUGCUUUACAGCAGCAAGAUGUCCAAAGGAGUCUGUGCUCGCCUGAUUGCUGGUCCCUACAUCUAUGGGUUCCUUAGUGGCCUGAUGGAAACCAUGUGGACUUACCGCUUGACCUUCUGUGACUCCAAUAUCAUUAACCACUUCUAUUGCGCAGAUCCCCCCCUCAUCCAGCUCUCCUGCUCUGACACGUUCAUUAAGGAAACAUCCAUGUUUGUGGUAGCAGGGUUUAAUCUCUCCACCUCCCUCCUCAUUAUCCUCAUCUCCUACAUCUUCAUUCUCAUGGCCAUUCUGAGGAUGCGUUCUGCCGAAGGCAGGCACAAAGCCUUUUCUACCUGUGGGUCCCACCUGGUGGCAGUGACUGUGUUUUAUGGGACCCUGUUCUGCAUGUAUGUUAGACCUCCCACGGACAAGUCAGUCGAACAGUCCAAAAUCAUUGCUGUUUUCUACACUUUUGUCAGCCCUAUGUUGAAUCCCAUCCUUUAUAGUCUGAGAAACAAGGAUGUGAAUGAAACAAGCUUUUCGGAAACUCAUCAGAAGAAAUGUGCUCUCUAA